ACUAACUCUCGCCUGCCGCUGAAGAGAAGACUAGAAGCCUUCAAUCAAAAAUUCGGACGAGUGGAUCCUGUUCCUGGAGUCAGCGAAGACCACGACAUAACCAGGGAGGAAGUUGUUGCUUGUGUGGUUAAAUUGUUCAGGAAGUCCCAGCAUGCUGCACUUCCAGUCGUGGACCAGUUUCUUCUUUCCGCAGCAAUGCUGACAAGGCACCUGAAAACACCCC